UCCCUAAAGAGAAGGCGGAGCAACUGGUUAAGGAGUUGCGCGCGCAGCCUCCUGUCUCUUCCGGCGCGACCUCCAUUGCACGGUGAUAGAAGCCAUGGCGAUCCGCUACCCAAUGGCCGUGGGCCUCAGCAAGGGCCACAAGGUGACCAAGAAUGUUUCCAAGCCCCGCCACUGCCGUCGCCGUGGGCGCCUGACCAAGCACACCAAAUUUGUCCGGGACAUGAUCCGGGAAGUGUGUGGCUUUGCUCCUUACGAGAGGCGGGCCAUGGAACUGCUCAAAGUCUCCAAGGACAAGCGGGCCCUGAAAUUCAUCAAGAAAAGGGUGGGGACCCACAUUCGGGCCAAGAGGAAGCGUGAAGAGCUCAGCAACGUCCUGGCUGCCAUGAGGAAAGCUGCAGCCAAGAAGGACUAAACAAACCCUCUGGCUCCCUCCACCUCAAUAAAAGUUAUUUCCUGAAAGAAAA